ACCACAUGGCUUGUAGGAUAAGAUAGAUUACAGUAGAAACAUAGCAUAGAUAGAUAUAAACUUUUAUUGCCUUUUACAUAGAAUGUUUCCUUCGUAAACAUUAUUAUCUCUCUUAGCCUACACAUUCUGAGAUAAGCAAAACCAGCACAAGCAGUUAUCUCCCCUGCUGUGCCUUCUGAGUCAGGGUGCACCAAUGUAAAAGGAAUGGAAAUAAACUAGUAUUAUACGAGCAUUUGGAAACGACGGUCUUGUCUGUGUAAAAGAAAUCCCAGUCCGCGAAUGACUGUAUAAUUGGCGCAGCCGUCCGGAAUCGUGUGAAGUGACCGUGCCGUGUAUCAAAAGUGGUUCCGCGCAAGCAUCUACGGCCGAAGGAUUAAAUCCGCCGUUCAGAGUUGAGGACCCCCCCGCUCGCAGGCAUCCGGAAAACCGGCAUCGUUCACCGCGAACCAUAGGACACGAUUGUAAAAAAAAGGGUCCCCACUCAACAGGAGAAUCACCAUCAUCAACAGAAAAAAGAAUUAACCUCGUUUUAGCGUUUCACAAAAAAAAAACUCAUGCAUUAUUUUUUUUUUCAGUUUCCCUCAACGCCAAAAAAAAAUCGUGAACUUCAUAACCCAGAAGAAACACGAAACUCAACCACGAUUAUAAAAUAUAAACAAUAAUAAGAAUAAUCAAAAUUAUAAGUUAAGAAACAAUACAAAUACCAUAUAAUUUUCACAUACAAAAUGUAUACAUUUAUAAUAUUCACAACAUUGAUCAAUAUUAAUUGUUACUGCCAAGAACUAGAAAUUACCAAUGUGAGUAAUCAACCAAUUCUCACAGUAAAGAUAGGAAAAUGUAAAUUACAAAUAGGAAAUAUAAAUAUUAUACAUCCUAUUAACAUAACGGAAAUAGAAACUACUAUCAAUCUUUUAACCACAGUAGUCUAUAAGAAGUCGGAUGAUCAUUUUGUUCAAAUUGCUAAACAUAAAGUUAAGGAAUUAUACGCUAAUUUAAUGCAAAUCAAGCCGCAGAGAUCCCGCCGUCAACGGAGCAUCGAAAUAAUUGGAACGGUCUGGAAAUGGAUUGGUGGAACGCCUGAUGCUGAAGAUUUACGUAUCAUCAACCAAACGAUGAACGAACUAAUUGAAAGCAAUAACAAACAAUAUCAAGUGAACAACCAGAUAGGCAAGAGACUUCAAUUGUUAACAAAUGCAAUUAAUGAAAUAAUUGAAGGUAACCAGAACAGAAUAAUUUUUUGACGAAAUGGAGACGCUAAGAACAAUAAUCAAAAUCGAUACCAUCAACAAGAUCCUAGAAGACAUACAAGAAGCCACAAUGCUAUCUAAAAUUUCAUUAGCAAGCAACAAGAUUCUUUCUCUAAUCGAAAUCAAUACAAUUAAAUCCGUAUUGGAAGAGCAAGGAGUAACUGUUGAUCUCCCUGAAGAAGCGUUGAGAUUAGUUAAGCCGAAAAUAGCUACCAGCGAGAAUACACUUCUGUACAUCACUCGUAUUCCGCAACUGGAACAAGAAGAAGGGACAGUUAUCCGCAUAAUCCCACUGAACCAAGGAGGUAAAAUUAUUACAAAUCACCCAGACUUCGUGAUAAAGCUUGGAAAAAAUGUUUACACAACAUCUAAACCAGACGAGUACAUACAACAAAGCUCGUUCCUUAACAGGUACACCGACAUCUGUAUAAAUCCUAUGUUGGCUGGAAAAAAAAGUCAAUGCAAAACAAUACAAACAACCAAAACAGAAAUUCAGGCAAUAUCAGACAAUCUUAUUCUCAUCAACAAUGCGAAGAAUGGAUCUCUAAAUUCGAACUGCGGCCCGGAUAACCGCACGCUUACGGGAAACUUUCUAAUUACAUUCUCAAACCGCAGUAUCCAAUUCGAAAACAAAUCAUUCACAACUAGAGAGAGUACCAUCCAAAGCACAGUCGUUCAAGGAGCAAUGCACAACCUUCUCAUCGACCAACAACCAGAAGAAAAUGACUUGCACGAAGUAGACAGCAUAGCCCUCUCCAAUAGAAAGAAGAUUGACCAUGUGUACCUGAAACAAUACAAAAAUGAAAUUUGGAACUGGAGCCUACUAGGAGGAAUAUCACUCUCAACGAUAAUAACUGUUACUAUCCUUGUCCUUGCUCUCCUACAUUACAAAAAGCUAUCAACAACUAUACUGUCAAGAGUUUCACGAAAAAGAAGAACUAGAAAUCCACCAUCUUCAAAUGCAUCAAACGAAAACGCCUGAGGACACGCGUCCUUUUUCACCCCGGAGGAGUUAUACCACAUGGCUUGUAGGAUAAGAUAGAUUACAGUAGAAACAUAGCAUAGAUAGAUAUAAACUUUUAUUGCCUUUUACAUAGAAUGUUUCCUUCGUAAACAUUAUUAUCUCUCUUAGCCUACACAUUCUGAGAUAAGCAAAACCAGCACAAGCAGUUAUCUCCCCUGCUGUGCCUUCUGAGUCAGGGUGCACCAAUGUAAAAGGAAUGGAAAUAAACUAGUAUUAUACGAGCAUUUGGAA